CUUUUCAUCACAACUCCAUCCAAAUAAAUUACCGUAUUUUCUUAUUCCAUUUUCACCUUCAUUUUCUUUCCUUGGUUUCUCCCUCAUCCCACCUUCCCUCGUCGUCCGAAUUAAAACGCUCGACCUGCCAAGCCGGACCAAACCCUAGGUCCCGAUUCGGCAUCUCGCCGUGCUAGCUCGGAUUCGAUCGGGCUGGGCGCGGGGUCGGAUCGGCGGCGGCGGCGGGCGGCGGGAUGACGAUCCCGAGCGCGGAGGGCUUCCUCCAGGCGUCGAGCUGCCUCCCGUGCACUGCGGAGGAGGAGCGGGAGCUCGUGGCCGCGCUCACCAGGGAGGCCGAGGAGAAUGUCAGGGACGGGGAUCUCCGUUACCUCGUCUCACAGAGCUGGUGGAUGGAGUGGCAACGUUAUGUGGGCUUAGUCAGUGAUGAGGAGAAUGACACCGAGCAGCUUCCUCAGGCUAUGAAUAGACCCGGAGAGAUUGAUAACUCGAAGCUUAUUUCAGCAGAAACAAUCAAUGGUAGUGAAGAGCCAGAGCUUCAAAGAACCUUGAGAGAAGGGGAGGACUACACUUUGGUGCCGCAAGGAGUUUGGCGGAGGCUAUAUGGAUGGUAUAAAGGUGGACCAGAAAUCCCCAGAAAAGUAAUUUUGGAUAGUCAACCUAACAAGGUUUACAUAGUGGAUGUCUAUCCUCUCUGUCUAAAACUAAUUGAUGGAAGAGAUAAUUCUGAACGAAAUAUCAGAAUAAGUAGAAAGGCCAAAAUUAAUGAGCUUUACUCAAUGGUUUGCUCAAUCAUGUCAGUAGAGCAGUCCGAGAUUGUCAUCUGGGAUUAUUAUCAGAAGUUAAAGAGCAAGAAGUUGGCUAAUUUCAAUGAGACACUAGAUGAAGCUCAAAUUACUAUGGACCAGGAGAUCCUUUUGGAAAUGAAGCUAGAUGAGAGCCGUACAGGUUUUAAUACAAGAUCCACAAAUAAUGAGUUGGCACUAAUCCCAUUAGGACCCUCCACAUCUUCAUUUUCGAUUGCUGGGGGGCCCACCUAUUCAAAUGGUUUUUCAUCUGGAAUUGGUUCUAGUUUUUCGCAAGAUAAUAGCUUCGGUCCUUUACUAAGGGACUCAACAGAUGGUUACAACAGUUUCAGCAAUGGAACUAAAGAUGAUACUCAUGGAUUGAGUGGGUUACAUAACUUGGGUAAUACAUGCUUCAUGAAUAGUGCCAUACAAUCCUUGGUCCAUACACCUCCCUUGGUAGAGUACUUUUUGGAGGACUAUACUCGUGAAAUAAAUACAGAAAAUCCACUAGGGCUCCAGGGUGAACUUGCGAUAGCAUUUGGAGAGCUUCUUAGAAAACUUUGGUCAUCUGGUCGAACUUCUGUUCCUCCACGUGCAUUUAAAUCAAAACUUUCUCGUUUUGCUCCACAGUUCAGUGGAUAUAAUCAGCAUGAUUCUCAGGAGCUACUUGGGUUUCUGUUGGAUGGUCUGCAUGAAGAUCUCAACCGUGUCAAAAAGAAACCAUAUAUUGAGGCGAAGGAUGCUGAUGGCCGUCCAGAUGAUGAAUUUGCUGAGGAAUGCUGGAAUUACCAUAAAGCUCGAAAUGACUCAAUAAUUGUAGAUAAGUUUCAAGGUCAAUACAAGUCUACGUUGGUGUGCCCAGUUUGUAACAAAAUCUCUGUUACCUUUGACCCAUUUAUGUACUUGUCACUACCAUUGCCAUCAACAGUUACUCGAAUGAUUACUGUAACUGUAUUCAGUGGUACUGGAGAUGCUCUUCCAAUGCCUUUCACUGUGACGAUACAGAAAAAUGGAAACUGCCGAGAUCUUACUAAAGCCCUUACUGAUGCCUGCUGCUUAAAAAGUUCCGAGACAUUGUUACUUGCAGAGGUGUAUGAUCACCGUAUCUAUCGCUACCUAACAAAUCCAAUUGAGGGACUUUACACUAUAAAAGAUGAAGAUAUACUUGUUGCAUAUAGGCUCCCUGUUGGUCAUGAAAAACUUUUGAGGUUGGAGAUCCUGCACCGGAGGGCAGAUAGAUUUGGUGCGGACCCCCAGUUUAAUAUCAACCGGAAGCUCAUUGGGUGCCCCCUUGUGACUUGUAUUCCUAAUGACUCUACUGGAAAAUCUGAUAUAUAUGCGGCUGUCUCUGAUGUUUUGGUUCCAUUUGUACGAGCAAAAGCACAUGGCCCUGAUGUGUCUGCAGUCAAGUUGAGUGGCAAUGGGCCAAGUCUGGAUGGUAUUGUACUGACAGAUAAUGGCACCACCUGCGAGGAGGGUCUCUCUACAUCAAGUGGUGAUGAUAAUGCAGUUGAUGAUGACCUUUUGCCUUUUCAGCUUUCCUUGACUGAUGAAAAAGGUAUUGCGAGGAAUGCUAUAAACACGGAUUCUAAUCGUGUUUUAGGAAUAGUUAUGAGGGUUUUAAUGGAUUGGUCUGAUAGAGAGCGUGAGAUGUACAAUACCGAUUACAUGGAUGAACUUCCUGAAGUCUUCAAGCCUGGUUUUUUGUCAAAGAAAACCCGGCAAGAAGCAGUGAAUUUAUUUUCAUGCUUGGAUGCCUUUCUGAAGGAGGAACCUCUGGGGCCUGAUGAUAUGUGGUACUGCCCUGGCUGCAAGGAACACAGGCAAGCUAGCAAGAAACUGGACUUGUGGAGGUUGCCUGAGAUAUUGGUAGUUCACUUGAAAAGGUUCUCAUACAGCCGCUAUAUGAAGAACAAGCUUGACACUUUUGUGAACUUUCCAAUCCAUGACCUCAAUAUGAGCAAGUAUGUGAAGCAUACAUCAAGAGGUAAUCUGCAGCCCAUGUAUGAACUCUAUGCAGUCAUCAAUCAUUAUGGUGGUCUGGGUGGUGGACACUACUCUGCAUACGCAAAGCUAGUAGAAGAGGAUAACUGGUAUCAUUUUGAUGAUAGUCAUGUCUCCUCUGUUAGUGAGGAUGACAUCAGGACGUCUGCAGCAUAUGUGCUUUUCUACCAACGUGUUGGAGGUUCAAGCGCAGUGGCAAACAGCGUUCCAGUUGACAUUGAGAUGGUUGAUUCGCUGGAGACAUAGCUUCCCAAAUCAAAGCAAAUGUCAGUGUAAUAUUGUGGAUGGAGAUAUGUAGCUCAGAAUAUUGCUCAAAUUUGCAUGUCUGCACUGGGGAGUAUUGCUAUAUGGGUUCAGUCAAGCUGUUGACAGAUAUUUUGAGGGCGCAGCAGAGAUCAAUUUAGCAUAGUGGCAUGGAUCUGUAGCCCUCUAUCUGACCAAUUAGGGUUCCUGAUAUCUUUGUUGAUAUCUGUCUGUUACCCGACCCUUUUGAGUAGAACAGAUCCUGGCAGGUAAAUUGAUAACUACGUUGACGGCAACAGGUUUGCCUAUUCGAUAUUUUUUGCUGAUAUGCAGAUGUAGCUCUUGGGUCUACUAUUAUUAUUGGUGUAAUGUAGCCAAGGGAUUGCAACUGGGAAGAAAGAAGGAUGUAAAAACGCUGCAUAUUCUUUUUGCCUUGCUAAGCUAUGGCCAAGUUUUGAUUCCGAUUGCCUUUGUUA